AUGGUAAAUCAUUCGCCAGUCGUCUUCUUUUUGUUCUCCUUAUUCUUUUAUUCGCAUUUAAAUGGAGCAUUCGAUGAUGCAGAGCAUUUUCCAAAAGGGAUAGAGGAUAGAGCCAAACUUUUGGCACGGGCAGACCAGUGUGUGCUAAAAUAUUUAGAGUUUACCGGCAAAAAGCUUUCACAUCUGCCGUACACUGUAAAACGAUGUGCUCUCUCGGAAUAUUUCACUUGGGAAGAGUCUGGAACAUUUUUUCCGUUUCAAAAAUGCAAUAAUUUCGUGUUUUUCGGGGGAAAUUCCCUCCAAAUAUUGAAUAAUACCGAUUUUAAGAUGCUCAAUUGCAAAUAUUUGAUUAUCGAUUCGAGGGAGAACCUCCGUGGACUUGAAAAUUAUAAAAAAGUAGAUGAUCUUUCAAAAUCACAACUAAACAAUGCUCUGCUUCAAUUUAAAGAAGAAAAUGUAAUAGAGCAUAUUUUCAUCUUUGAAAUGAAAGAAAUUGAAAAUUAUUUGGAUAACCUUCUGAAAAUUAGAAAAAUAUAUUCCCUUAUUGUAUGCCAAAUUACGAUUCGUGUACCGACGUUUGUCGGGGAAGAUGUGAUUUGGCAAUUUGCAGAGAAUAUUUUAAGAGAUGAUUAUUAUAUUUUGUUGAAAAUCACCAAAGAAGCAAGUUAUAUAGAGUUCUACUUCUUCGCGAACAAUGAAUACCAAUGUAUGAUGCGUUAUUUAUAAAAUAAUAUUUUAAUUAAAAUGAAGAAAUGAAUUUAAAAAAAACAAAACAAA